GGUGUGGUCGCUUUAGCACGAGCACGAGCACGAGCACAGGCACGAGCAUGAGCCCCGGACCCGAGGAUUGCCGAACGCUCCCGAGUCUUUACGAAAUCCUAAAAGUCCCGUUUCCGCUUCAAGAUGGCGGCGUCGCGUAAGCCUCUGAUGCAUAGUCACCAGAGCUGGACAGAUGACCUGCCCAUGUGCCAGCUGUGUGGUGUGGGGACAGCACCAAACUGUGUUUACAGCCCAGAUGGCAAAAGCACCCAGAUGCACCCUAAUGAGGACUGCCACUUCCACUUCAGUACCGAGUUCUGUUUUCUGUAUGGGGUGUUUAAUGGUUACGAUGGCAGCCGAGUGGCCAAUUUCAUGUCCCAGUGUCUGACUGCAGAGCUUCUUCUAGGCCAGCUCAACUCCAAUCACUCUGACUCAGACGUCCGGCGUCUCCUCUUACAGGCUUUUGAUGUGGUGGAGAAGAGUUACUUUGAGACCAUCGAUGACGCACUUGCAGAAAAGGCCAACCUUCAAUCGCAACUCCCAGAGGGGGCGUUGUUUCACCAGCUUUCUCCUCAGAGUCAAAAGAUUGCGGAGCGGCUGAAGACUCUGGAGCAGGAUGUGUCUGGCGGAGCCACGGCUGUUGUUGCUCUCAUUCUAAACAACAAGCUGUACAUCGCUAAUGUGGGCACGAAUCGAGCUCUGCUGUGCAAGUACACCAGUGACCGUCAGAAUCAGGUGAUUCAGAUCGGACGAGCCCACACAAUCGAUAAUGAAGAUGAGCUGGCCAGACUUGCUCAGCUAGGCCUGGACCCAAAUCGGCUCAGACAGGUGGGGAUAAUCGCAGGUCAGAGCAGUCUGAGGCGGAUUGGAGACUACAAGGUGAAAUUCAGCUACACAGACAUCGAUGUCCUGAGUGCUGCCAAGAGCAAGCCGAUCAUCGCCGAGCCCGAGAUUCACGGCGGUCAGACGCUGGAUGGAGUCACCGGCUUCCUGUUGCUAAUGUCAGAGGGGCUCAUUAAGGCCCUUGAGACCGCCCACGGACCCGAGCAAGCCAAUCAGGAGAUGGUUGCUAUGGUGUCGGCAGAGUUGGCCCAACAGGGCAACGUGGAGGCGGUGGCCCAGUCGGUGGUGGAGCGCGUGAAGCGGCUUCAUUAUGACGCCUACGACAAACAGAGAGCGGUGCAGUGUUCACGCCACGAGGACAUGACCCUGCUCAUUCGCACCAUUAAUUACCCUCUAUCAGACGGCUCACUUACUCCAACACAAGGUGGCCGUAUCUACCCUGUCUCUGUGCCCUAUUCAAACAACCAGAGCACCAGUAAGACGAGUGUGACCCUCUCUUUGGUCAUGCCAACACAGGGCACGCUUACCAACGGGACCAACACCGCUUCCACGCUGGAAGGAGGCACCCCCACCCCUGGGCAAAGUCCCACGGCGACGCUGCAGUCCACCAACACGCGCACUCAGAGCUCCAGCUCCAGCUCGGGCGACGGCAGCCUGUUCAGACAGCGCGCGAGUCAGGCGGCACAGCCAGACGAGACGGGUCGCGUGCCUCCUUACGUCGACUUCACCCAGUUCUAUCAGAUGUGGGGCACGGAGCACAGCGAAGGAACCAGAGGUCCGGGACCUCAGUGAGAGAUCGAGGAGGGACAAUUGGAGAACAAGGCCGCUUCCAGCAGUACUGACAUGUAGAAUAGAUUGUAUCAGCAUGCAGUUACACUGAAUUCCAAUUUGCUGCCUUCUGCAAGGACUUUAUCAAGGCCAGAGCGUUUGAUAGCCGCAUUCUGCAGGAAAGACGCUGGGAUUCGCAGUGUCUGCCUUGUGCAUUGUUCAAUUACAGCUCAGAUUUCAUUGGGCAAGUAAAUGCAAAAUAUAUUAUUAUUAUUAUUA